UAUUAGUCAAAAUCAUUCCUAAAACACUUAUCCCAGCAUUACGAUUUGUCUUCCAACAAUACUAGCUACAGCUACAACCCAUGAAUAGUACACCAAGAUGCUAUGAAACAGGGAAAUGCAACCAACACCCUGCAACGUACAGCACGACAAUACCCCUCAAGAGUACAACAAGACACGUUCGUACGACACUAAAGCGAAGUCCUUUGCGAAUCAAAACAUCGGGUUCAGUCCACGCUGGUUGAUGCCGCCCGGGGAACGCAAACUUCAGGACUCAGAUCCAGGAAAUAUAAACUUCAAAAGACUAAAAGCCUAUAAUUGAAGAAGAAGAAGACUUAGAGUGUUUAAAACCCUUUAGAAGGAGAAAGUGGUUGAGGCAAACAUGGGUUAUGGGCCAGCGACGUUAACUUGUAAAAAUCUCCAGGAUUACUUGAAAUCUCUGCCCAAGGAUACAUUAGAUGCAUUGUAUAGAAACCCGGCGACGUGUCUGGCAGUUUUUAGGGAGCUGCCAGAAUUAUCACGGCAUUUCAUUAUGCGCCUCCUGUUUGUGACAAAACCAAUCUCCCAGAUAGUCCUAGCAGCAUGGAUCCCUCAUCAGGAACCAAGCAAAGACCUUGGAGACAUAGCAGCAGAGCACAAGCAGAGCACCCAGGUCCUGCUUGACAUGUACAUCUGGCAGGAAGUGAAGGACCAUCAUGGCAAUGCAGCUAUUAAACUCAACAGUACUUUUAGAGAAAACUUGAAGAUUGCUACUCUAGGAGGCGGGAAACCAUGGACCAUGUCAGGUGCCUUAGACCCAGAUCCGCAUCAAAGGGACUUGGAGUUUCUGGACAAAUAUGCAAUGGAUCGGUGGGAGAGUGUACUGCAGUUCCUUGUCCAGCCAGGGAGAGGAGCGACAGUAAUUUCCAGAGAUGCAAUGAGAACAUUGCUCCAUGCUGGUCUCAUUGAAAGCGAUGAGUCAGAUUCGCCCAACAUGCAGAUCACAAGCUCUGGCUUCCAGUUCCUCCUGCUGGAUACUGCAUCACAAGUGUGGUUUUUCAUCCUCAAGUACUUGGAGACAGUCACAGAACGUGGACUCAGCCUUGUGGCUUGCUUGACUUUCCUCUUCAAGCUUUCCUUUUCUACACUUGGAAAGGAUUACAGUAUGGAAGGGAUGAACAAUGAGCUACUAACUUUCCUGCAGCACUUACGGGAAUUUGGGCUUGUAUACUUGCGAAAAAGAAGUUCUGGCAGAUUUUACCCUACAAGAUUAGCUCUUAAUAUUACAGCAGGUCAGAAUAAGGGCAACCUUGAUGUUCCAAAACAGGGUGAUCUUGUCAUUGAAACAAAUUACAGAAUAUAUGCCUAUACUACUUCAGAACUACAAAUUGCACUUCUCUCCAUAUUUUCUGAGAUAGAGGGAAGGUUUCCUAACAUGGUCGUAGCUUGCAUAUCGAGAGGAAGUGUGAGAAGAGCUCUGUUGAAGGGUAUUGGUGCUGAACAAAUUAUUAGUUUCCUCAGACAGCACUGUCAUCCUCAGAUGUAUAAACAGAAUCCAGUUGUUCCACGCACAGUUUCAGAUCAGAUUAAACUGUGGGAGAUGGAGAGAGAGAGACUCGAAUUUAGUGAAGGAGUUUUAUACAAAGACUUCAUGUCAGUUCAUGAUUAUCUUUUGCUCUCAAAUUAUGCAUCCAGCAAAGGUGUUUUGAUAUACUCAGAUGAAAAACAGAGAACAGUGGUUGUGACAAAGAAAGGACAUCCAGCAAUAAAACAGUUUUGGAAAGAAAAUCAGUCAAGAUAGGUGGAUAGAGAUUAUUAUGGUAAUGUUGAUAUCUGUAAAAAACUAAUAUUUUUCUUUUCUUUACUUAUGUUUUGCAAUGCCAUUUCUCCAUCUUGUGAGGUUAAACUAAUAUAUGGAAUAUUUUUUAAACUUUUAUAAUGAUUCCUUUUUCUUGGUGAAGGUCAUUGUUUGAUUGUUAAUAUAAUUAGUAAUAAACAAGCCCUUCUUUAAGAGUAUGAAGGACCUCUGCUUCACUGUAGGAAAAUGGAGAAUGUGUGUUGACAAAAAUAAAGCAAGAAUGUUUACAGAUAAAAACAAAAUAUUAAUAGUUGGUUACACUGCAACUUGAAAUAAAAGUAUGUAUUAUAAA